CUGAAACACCCUAUAUAUUAUCUUACAUAAAGUCAUUCUAUUUUUACACGCAUAUUCUACUAGUCUAUCGUUGUGUAUACCUAUAUAAUGCCGGUUGAUCAGAAACGUAUUAACGGACCAGAAUCAUCUGUUCCGUAUAAUAUUUAUAUUCAUUCCGAAAUAAAGAAUAAAGGAAUACAGCCUGAUGCUCCGAAAAGACACGAUGGCCGAUCAAACAAUGAGCUUAGAAAUAUAUUUUUGAAAACAGGUAUAAUUAGUCAGGCUAAAGGUUCUGCAUACAUUGAAAUGGGCAAUACCAAAAUCAUUUGCUCAGUAUUCGAUCCUAGAGAAGUGCCCAAUAAAACUGGAUACUGUGUACAAGGGGAACUAUUUUGUGAAUUCAAAUUUGCACCCUUCUCUCACCACAAACGGAAAAUGCAUCAGCAAGAUGCCGAGGAGAAAGAAUACAGUUUAAUAUUGCAAAGAGCUCUGGAACCAGCAGUGUGUUUGCAAGAAUUUCCCAACUUUCAAGUUGACGUAUAUGCAACAGUUCUCGACAAUGGUGGCUCUGCAUUGGCCGCAGCGAUAAUGGCAGCUAGUUUAGCUUUAGCAAAUGCUGGGGUGCCAAUGUUUGGUUUGGUUACUGCAUCCACUGUUGGUAUAUACGAUCACACGUAUUUAGUGGAUCCAACAGACACAGAAGAAACAUUUUGUUGUACAAAAUCUGUACCAGGCACAGUUCACAAUCAUGGAAUUAUAAUACAAGCUGCUCUUCCGCAGCACGGCCAAAUUUCUGAAAUGUUUGUAGUGGGGAGCGUCGAUACAGAUACCAUUGUACAUUCCAUGGAUCUUAUAAGCGAAGCUCAUAAAGAUAUAUGUCCCUUGCUGGAACAAUGUCUUGUAAAGACUGUGUUCAAAACAUUUCGUCCAAAUAUUAAAAAAACAGAUACAAAAUAAAGAAGCUAUGAUAUUUAAA